CUUUUAACAGAUAUUGGCUAAGCAGUAUGGUAAAUGUACAAAGGCGAUACAAAUGGCAUUAGUAAAAGAGGAUACACAGAACCAUAUAAUGCAGUCAAUACUACAUUAACUACUGAAGCCCAAUUACAGUACACUGAGAGUGGCUUUUAGAAGCAUUAGGACUUCCAGAAGAGCGAGAUCACCUGCUGUUUAUUGCCUAAAAGCUUCACCCUUUGCUUGCUGGGUUCAAGCAGUCAUUGUGUACCAAUGCUUUCCGUGCAGCCAAAAGGAAAGCAAAAAGGCUGUGCUGGCUGUAAUCGCAAGAUCAAGGACCGCUACCUGCUAAAGGCACUGGAUAAAUACUGGCAUGAAGACUGUCUAAAAUGUGCUUGUUGUGAUUGCCGCCUUGGAGAAGUUGGAUCAACUCUCUACACAAAAGCAAACCUAAUUCUCUGCCGCAGGGACUAUUUGAGGCUGUUUGGUACCACAGGGAAUUGUGCAGCGUGCAGCAAACUGAUCCCUGCCUUUGAGAUGGUGAUGAGAGCCCGUGAUAACGUCUACCAUUUGGACUGCUUUGCCUGCCAGCUCUGUAACCAGAGGUUUUGUGUGGGAGACAAAUUUUUUCUGAAGAACAACAUGAUCCUCUGUCAAAUGGACUAUGAGGAAGGGGCAAUGAAUGGAAGUUUUUCAUCACAAGUUCAAUGACCUGCCCAUGGCCUUCGAAAGCAAUUGUGGGAUAGAUGUUCAACAACACUUAAAGGAAAAUGAGGAGCAUCUGUCAGCUUGCUUGCAACACUUUAAUUAGUCUGGGAAGGACUAAAAGUAACUUUCUCCAACACGAGCAGUUAAGAUUUUAGAUGCACAGCUGUGCCUGUUUAGCUGGGCAGUGCUUUGCCUGUACGUUUUGUGAUGUUGGGUCUGGGAGGGUAUGUACAGUCUGUUUCUGUAUAUAUAAACUGGAACAUUUAUUUUACAUAAAUGUAAUGCAAUUUUAUUACUGGUGUGCAUUAAAGAAAAUUAAAUGUUCUUGCUUGUGAAAA